CGAGGUAGAAUACUUUUUGCUGUGUGAAUUUAAAAAGAUCGUGAUUCGAAUUUUUGAAAAUAGAACAGUAAUAUUAUAGUGAAAUCUGUGAAUUAAGGAGUUUCUAAUUUUAAGUUCGUUCUCACAUGCAGUGGAUUUUUUAUUUAAUACAAAAUGCAGCCAACAAAUCAACUGAAAGCUGCAGCGAUACUUCUAAUACUGCACAUUACAACAACAAGAACUGCUAAGAACACUGCACCAUCAGUCCACGAGGUUAUCAAUGAACAAGCGAGGAUAGAUGACAAGAGACCUUUAUACGGCAAUCCUCUAGCAGGGAACUCACAACAAAAUGCAAAACUACAUGCUCAGCAUCAACAAGCUAUGUUCAACGCUGAAAGGGUAAGACAACAUAGAGCACAGCUGCAAAGAUGGAACAAAGCUCCUCAGCAAAUGGACAGCUAUAUGAAAGCUUACCAUGAGUCACAGGAAAACCACCAACUAGCUCUCGAACAAAUGCAAUCAACACAAAAAGAUAAAAAACCUAAAGCAAGACAGGAAAGAACAAAUCUAAGAAGCAGAAGUAAUUUAGAUCCAAUUAAAAUAACUAGAGCCGAUGCAGUAGAUAAGAAUAGAAAUCAUAGAUCGUUCGGUUCUGUUUAUAAUUAUAAUAAUGCUUUACAAAAAUAUAAAAUUAAUACGGCACCAGGACCUACUUAUGAUCAGGGUGUAACUAUCAAACCUAAUGGAAAUGUGGGACUGAAUAACUAUGAAAAAGAACACACCGGAUUGUACACAGCAAUAUCACCAAGUAAAACUCAGUAUGUUUACCCUAAAUUGUACAAUCAAAUGCAUUCCUACCAGUCUGCUGAAGAUAUUCAUGCAUUAAAUACUCUACUUACUAAAUCACCACAAGAACAAAUAACAGAAUUAAACACACUCACACAACCCAAGGAAUAUGGUAAAGAUGUGCUACAAACGCCUAUUGACCUAUAUUUCUACUUAAACAACCCAAAUACAGCAGAAGACAGCAGCAAAUAUAAUGUACAAAAUGCCUAUGUUGCACCGUACGCAACUGGGUAUGCAAAUUACGAAGAUCACAAACCGAUUACAGAAGAGGUGGAUGAUAUAGAUGAGGAGAAAUUAGCAGAACUACAAAAGUACCAACAGCCAGCACCGACUCCUAUUCCUCACGUUUAUGAAGACCCUGCAACUACUAAGAGUAAUUAUUACAAAAUUGAAGUGGAGCAAACUAUAAGUGGAAACAAACAUGGGAAGAAUAUUGAGUUUGUCUCUCAAAAUAAGCCAAAUUACGCGGCGCUGAAGUAUGAAAAACCUUUGAACUUCUAUACUCCUGAACACAGUACAGAAGGAGUGAAAUAUCUUCAGCCUCAAGUUUCAGGAGUUCAGCAUUUAUCUCAAGACGGCACUGGAGUCUCAGCAUACGGAGAUGAUGAUAUUCAGUACGCAGCGAACUACGAAUUCGGUUACCGAGUUCGAGACCACGAAACUGGCAACGAUUUCGGACAUCAAGAGGCGAAAUCCGGAGACAAGACCCGAGGGUCCUACCACGUGUUGCUCCCUGAUGGUAGACUGCAGCAAGUCAAGUAUUCUGCAGGACCAGAUGGGUUCCAUGCUGAUAUUUCUUAUGAUCAUUUUCAUGGAAAUGCUUAGGAGCUUUUCAUGUUUUUUUAUGUGAUUGGAGCAAGAUUCCAUCAGAUUUUCUUACAACAACUGUUUGCUAGGAUUUUUUGUAUUCAAUUUUCAAAGUGUACAGUUGUUUUAAAAAAAAUACUAAUGGUAUGGUGCUAAAAUAAAAUUAAAUGAGGUUCUGUGUGUGCUAGUGAUGUUAAAAACGAAUUUAAUAGGCAAUUAAAGGAAAAUUGGUUUUUCACUUUUUAACUUAAUUUAAAUUGUUCUGUUGUAUUUAGUUGUAAGAUAGACAAGUCAGUCGAUAUUUUAAAUGUAAAUAAUAGUUGUUAAUUUGUAAAUAUGAUUGUAUGUGUUAUUUAUUAAGUUAUUGUAUGUGGACCUUGUUUUAUUUUGUACAUAAUC